AUGAAGUUCUCUCAAGCCAUCGUCAGCCUCGCUGGCAUUGCCGGCGCUGCCAGCGCCGCUAAGUCCUACGCCGACCUCGGCAAUGGCGCUUUCACCAUCCCCAUCGUCAACGGCACCCUCGACUUCGACGCCGCCGUCCGCCACGACUUGGAGAUGAGCCUGCCCGCGGCCUCCGAGGAGGGCGUCGCCGCGGACCUCGCCAGCCGCGGGCAGCCCGGCACCUGCGACCCGCAGUUCCCCACGCGCAAGACCAUCUGCCGCGUGCGCACCGUCUCGCGGAACGACUACCUGCGCGCCUACGCCAAGUUCAUCGACUGGAUCAACACGGGGCCGGACGCGGGCUGGAUCCCCAAGCACAGCUGCAAGGCGAUCGUGUUCGGGGAGGCGGCGGUGACGGCGUGCUCGCAGGGCGGCAAGAACCCCACGUGCCAGGCCGAGCUCGUCGAGGCCAUGCGCGAGCUCGACUCCUACUGCUCGCCCACCGCCGGCGGCGACAUCAAGAUCCGCAAGUGGCUCAAGCGCUACUCCCGCCACAGCGUCCGCGACGCCGAGAUCGACCACCCCGCCCUCUACGCCGUCGACGACGAGGAGCAGGAGGAGCAGGAGCAGCACCCCCACGACAACUAGAGAAGAUAAGAAAGAGAGCCGCUUCGCUUUCUUUGAGCGCUGGAAAGCCAAGGCGGACUUUUUCUUAGGGGUGCUGGUCAUCUGCUGGUAUGUGGUUGGUUGGCUUUGAGGAAAGGAAGGGGUAAAGGGGAAGGGGGAGGGCAGGAUUGGCGGCAGCGUAGAUUGAGUAGGUAAUUUGGAUUUUGUUUUGUUUUUUUGUUGUUGGGGGGAGAGAGGAAAGGUAAUGGGAAAAGAGGUGGAAUUUUGUUGUAACCUAUCCAUUCGGAUCUUAGUAUUUCCUAUGUAAUAAUCACAGCUGCCCUCCCCAAAAGCUUUAAAUUUCCCAAGUGCCUGAGUGAAA